AUGUUUAAUUUUGUCUCAAAAUACCCAAACUCCAUUGACAUUCAUCCAAAUGCUCGAUGGAAAGAAAAUGGUCUCAUUGUAGCUGGAGGAAAUGGACAAGGCAAUGGAAUCAAUCAACUCUCGAACCCAUGGGGUUUGUAUGUUGAUGAUGAUCAAACUGUCUAUGUCGCUGAUCGAGACAAUCGCCGUAUUGUGAAAUGGAAAUCGGGUGCGCCGAGUGGCCAAAUGGUUGCCGGUGGAAAUGGACAAGGAAGUGAGGCUCAUCAAUUGUCUGACCCAUUAUAUGUGAUUGUCGACAAAGACAGAGAUAGUCUCAUCAUCUCCGAUACUUCAAAUAGAAGAGUGGUUCGAUGGCCUGGUCGAAAUGGGACAAGUGGAGAAACGAUCAUCUCGAGCAUCAAUUGUUGGGGUUUGACAAUGGACGAGAGUGGAUCUCUCUAUGUCGUUGACUUUGGAAAACAUGAAGUGAGACGAUAUAAAACAGGAGAAUCUCAAGGAACAGUGGUUGCAGGUGGCAAUGGAAGUGGAAAUCGCCUCGAUCAACUCUCUUACCCAAGAUACGUAUUCGUCGAUCGAGAUCAUUCAGUGUACGUAUCUGAUUGGGGAAAUCAUCGUGUGAUGAAAUGGAUGAAAGGUACAAAAGAAGGCAUUAUCGUGGCUGGUGGUCAAGGAAAAGGAAAUGGUCUCACACAAUUGUCAUUUCCUCGAGGAGUCGUUGUCGAUCAAUUGGGCACUGUCAAUGUGGCUGAGUAUGGGAAUGCUCGAAUCAUGCGUUGGCCCAAAGGAGCCACACAGGGAAGUGUGAUUGUGGGUGGAAACGGUCAAGGAGGACAAUCGAAACAGCUCAAUAGGCCCGUCGGUUUAUCAUUCGAUCGACACGAUAAUCUCUAUGUCGUCGAUUUUGGAAAUCAUCGAGGACAAAAAUUCAAUAUCCUAUUGGAAGGAUCACAUUAG